UCCAACCGUAUGGAAUGUAUGUCGUGUGUGUUGUCUGGCUGCUGUACCACUGUGUGCACAAACUAGUACUAGCACAAAGCACACAUACCACAAACAAUGGAGAUUUGGGCUAAUAAUGCAUGUCCAGUCGUAACAUCAGUCUGUUGAUCGUGGUUCGGAAGUGAAGAUAUUUCAUAGAAACAACAUCUGUUCACAAUCAUCGUAGCGAACUUACUUAUUGUUGGUACUAAGGUCACAUCUCAAUGUUAGGAUUGAGCAGGCUAAUUCAACUACAUGGUAACCAACUAGCAGCUGCUGAAAGAACACAAACCUACUAGUACCACUUCAUCAGGUUUGAGUGUUUCCUUCUGCUGUUGAUGCAUAUUUAUGUGAUGUUGGAGGGAACCAGUGAUUGACUUCCGUUCACCUCGGCCUUGUGCCACAUCCAUCUAGCUUGGUAGAAAUCAGGGAAGUAGUAGAACUUCACAGCCUGGUUGGUUCUCACUUGGCUCCACUACCAGAACGUAUAAGCCUUGAGCAAGGCAAUACUGUAUUCGAUAUUGCAUCAUCAUGACGUCGCAUCAAUACAGAACUAUUUGCUUGGUGUUGCUGAAUAUUGGACUAACCGUUUUAUCUGGGGCAACGGAUGUUCUUUCAGCUCCUGAUGAUAAUCCAAGUGAAGGGGAUUUGAAGUUAGUUGAUGGCCCAUCGUCCUCAGAGGGUCGUGUAGAGGUCUACUACGGUGGUAAUUGGGGGACAGUUUGUGACGAUGGAUGGGAUAUAGUAGAUGCACAAGUGGUUUGUAGACAACUUGGGUUUGCGUCUGCAAAUACAACGAAAUGCUGUGCUGCUUAUGGUCCGGGUACUGGUGCAAUAACAUUGGAUGACAUAGCUUGCCUUGGAAGUGAAGAUAGAUUAGUAGAUUGUCCCAAUAGAGGAUUGAGCCAACAUAAUUGUGCACAUACUGAGGAUGCUGGUGUAGUUUGCAAUGGUAAGGUAAGGCUUGCUGGUAGUACCCAUCCACUUGAAGGUCGGCUGGAAAUCUUUCACGAUGGAGAAUGGGGUAUUGUCUGUGAUAAUGGCUGGGACAAGAAGGAUGCCAAUGUGGUUUGCAAACAGCUUGGUUACCCAGCAGCAAAUGCCUCCAAGAGCGGCUCAUUCUUCGGAGAAAGCUCUGGACAGUUUAUGCUGGAUGAGGUGUCAUGUCAAGGGAAUGAAAAAGGGGUGGAAAUGUGUGAGCAUGGACCAUGGAAGAAUGCUAGUGACAGCUGCAACCCCAGCAAAAAUGCAGGAGUCAUUUGCACAAGACCAAUUCGUUUGACUGGUGGAAAUGGACCACUAGAGGGGCGAGUUGAGAUCAUGAACAAUGGUGAAUGGGGGACCGUUUGUGAUAACAACUGGGACUUUGAUGAUGCUGUGGUUGUCUGUAAACAGCUAGGAGGUUACGCAGCUCAAGAACAAACUGUUGGAUCCCAGUUUGGUAUAGCUGUAGGCCUUAUACACAUGAGUGAUGUCAACUGUGUAGGAAAUGAAGAUACACUUGAACAGUGUCCCAACGCUGGAUGGGGUGUGAGUGGUGGCUGUACUCAUAACAAUGAUGCUGGUGUCAUCUGUUCACCAUCAGUGCGUCUUGUGGAUGGAGAUAAACACACAGAGGGAAGGGUUCAGGUGUUCUACAACAGCGAAUGGAGAAACAUCUGCCCAGACUCCUGGGAUUCUAAAGAUGCUGCAGUUAUUUGCCGUCAGCUAGGUAACUACCCAUUAGCAGAUGAAGAGGAUUGCUGUAAGACGUACGUACUAGGAGAUGGUGAUGGGGAUAUCUACCCAUAUCAUGUGGAUUGUACGGGGAAUGAGACCAAGUUUGAAGACUGCCAGCAUGGUGAAUUGGGGCAGCCAGAUUGCUCUCAGGGACAGGCUGCUGGGGCUAAAUGCCAAGCCACUGUCAGACUUGAUGGGGGUCCUACUACUCUUGAGGGCAAUGUGAUGGUUCUACAUAACAACAUUUGGGGUAGUGUAUGUGAUGACAACUGGGAUAUCAAUGAUGCUAAAGUAGUCUGUCGUCAGCUGGGUAACUAUGAGGCAGUGUCUUCUACUUGCUGUGCUACAUACGGCCAAAGCUCCAAUGAUAUAAUUCUAGAUGAUGUUAGCUGUGGUGGACAGGAGAGUAGGAUUGAAGACUGCCACCAUGCAUCAUGGAUGACACAUAACUGCGGAGGAUCAGAGUCUGCUGGUGUUGUAUGCAGAGAAAUUCGCUUGGCUAUUGAUGAUUCGUCCUCCAACCUUCCUAAGGGUCGAGUUGAGAUUGUCCACAACGGGAUUUGGGGCCGGAUUUGCGGAACAAACUGGGAUAUUAAUGAUGCCAAUGUUUUGUGUAGGCAACUAUAUAAUAGUACAGCAGAGUCUAUACAUGCGUUUAAGAAUGGUUCAGGGCCUAUUCAUCUAUCUGACUUCAAUUGCACAGGAACGGAAAUGAAUAUAUUAGAAUGUCCGCACAAAUCUUGGGGAAAUUAUCAGUGUGACGAUGCUGAUGCAGCUGUUGUUUGCAGAGGUGGAUUAAGAUUGGUAGGAGGGCGAACUGACCUAGAAGGACGAGUAGAGGUGUUCCAUGAUGGACAAUGGGGUACAGUUUGUGAUGAUGGAUGGGAUGUCAAUGAUGCUAAAGUUGUCUGUACACAGCUUGGCAAUUAUGAGGUUCUUUCUGCAAAGUGUUGUGCCAACUUUGGUCAGGGAACAGGCCCCAUUUUGGUUGAUGGUUUAGCAUGUAGUGGUACCGAGGAGUUACUUGAGGAUUGUCGGCAUGAGGGCUGGGGUAGCCAUAAUUGUCAACAUUACGAGGAUGCUGGAGUCGUCUGUACAGAUCUGAGAUUGACGUAUGAAAAUGGGAGUGUGUCAACCAAUGUACUGCGAGGUCGAGUGGAGGUCUUGAGGGAUGGCAAAUGGGGAUUAGUAUGUGGCAAUAACUGGGGAAUAAAGAAUGCUGAUGUUGUCUGUCAACAACUUUUCAACACAAGUGCCAUGAACACUCAGAAGUAUUCACUGGGUAGCAAUGCCAGCCCUAUUCACUUUAGAGAUGUGCAGUGCACUGGCAAGGAGAGCCUAUUAGGAGACUGCCCUCGUGAGUCCAAGCCAACAAACUCUCAAACAUGCCCUGGUAGCAUGUCAGCAGGAGUCAUCUGCAAAGAUAUUCGCCUUACUGGAGGUGUAAACCGUGCCUUUGGUGCUGUUGAAAUCCUAGUGGAUAAUCAAUGGGGGUCUAUAUGUGCAGAUAACUGGGGACCCAAUGAAGGCAGAGUGGCAUGUAGACAACUUGACUACUGCGCCUAUAAAGGAACACAGAAGGGACUUCAGCCUGCCCGUGCUCAAGGCAGUAUUCACUGGUCUAAUGUUAACUGUACUGGUUCAGAAGAGAAACUUGGGGACUGUCAGCAUACUGUAGGAGGAUACACAUGUAGUGGAUUAGUAUUUGAGGCUGUUGCAGAAUGUAAAGUGGCUUGUGAACUGCCAGGUGCUGUAAUGCAUGGUAGCUACAGCAGAGAUGCAACUUCUUAUGAGGUUCAAUCAACUGUUGAGAUUAAGUGCGACCCAGGCUAUGAGAUCGUUGGUGAAAAUGUCUUACAAUGCAUUGCAGGAUGUGAAUGGUCAAGACCCAUUCCAGAAUGUCAAAGAGUUGCUAACUGCUCAGCUAAGAAACAACCAGUAGUUGGACCAAAAGAUGGUGGUGUGUCUGGAGCGGUCAUGUUGGUUAUAGGUUUUAUCCUGGGCACUGUCGUUGUGGUCAUUAUCAUAAUAGCUGUUGGCUACCUGAGGGGAAGAAACAAAAAUAUCGGUCGUGGUAAUCCCUCCACAACAUCAGCUAUCUGGAAGCCCAGGAAUGACUUUGACGAGAUGAAAGAACCAGUUCUCAGCUUCAGUUCCAUGAAAUCGGAUGGAGCUGGUGUGGAAGACGGCAUGGGAGAUGCUAUGUGAUUCAGGCUCAACUCGUCUUUAUUGUAAAUACUCCUCUUAAGAUCUUGCAUUUCUUAUGGUGCUUUAUAAAGUGCACUGCUUGUAAACGAAUUUAGAAGUACAGGAAUUUGAAAUAACUGUCUGUCCAAAUUGAACUGUUGUGUGGAAUGUCCCUGGUUUGAAAGGUCCUGUGUAAGUUCGGCUAGGGCUGAAAAUUUAAUGCAGGCCAGUUCAGGUUGCUUGAUAGAGAGUCCUAACUAAUUUUGGACUGUAAAGAGCAAUUUGGCAUAAAAGGUCUAUGUACAAAGUCCCAACAUGUAUAAACUUCUCUAAACUGGUGCAAAGUGACAAGGUAGAAACUCAAUGAAACCUGGAUUAAAUCAAAGUUGUUCAGUGUUCAGUUUUGUCUAUUUCUCAAUUUUAAUUUUCCUAAACAUUUUGAAAAAUCAUGCAAAAGAAAACAACAAAAUUCUGUGCUAUAUAGUUUGAAACUUUAUGUAUACAAUAUUUUCUAAAAUACAUGGUAGAAGGUAAACAUAUUGCAUUUUUUAAAUGAGGUACAAAUUUUUGUCUUGUAUUGGUUCAAAGAAAUUUCAGGACUAGAAAGCAUAGCUUAGAGCAAAAAGUAGACGGACAUCAAUAUAUUUUAAAUUUAUGGCAAUCUCAUCAGUCCAUUAUCCAAGUGCCAAAGAAAACUGACAGUUGCAAGUAGUUAAGAGCGUCAAUUUGUCGGGUAUUGAUUGACUUUAGAUUAGUUUGUCAGUUUUAUAAAGUAGUUAUUAUAUCAAUAAUAAAGUACUUGGUGCCGCAAUCAUGAUUUAGCUUUUUUAAUAUUGUAUGAAUUUGAAGAAAUAUUGAUAAAAGAAAACAAUUUAUCUUCUCUUUUAAAACUCAUUGUAGAAAUGAUGAAUAAGACUUGCUAUUCUCUUGAUAGGUCAUUUCAUCAUCUAGCUCUUUUCACACAAUGUUUCAUGGAUGUUAAACAUAAGGUGUUUUUCCCCUUGAUAUCUGCCUUUGUAAAUACAUAUUUUGUAAUGAUUUUAUCUGUAUGCAAUUGUGUUUGAAGAAUUUCUUAACUUUACGAAAUGACUAUGGGACUUGGGCUUAUUUAAGUGAAUAAAAGGGUUUGUGUGAGUAAUAUUGAGUACUGUAGACAUAAUAUAGGUACCACUACAGGGCGUUCUGGAAAAAGGACAUUAGGUUUCAAAGAUCAGAAUUGAGCUGCCAUGAUUUCACUUUGGACCUGAGCAGAAAUUGGUUUGCUAUUUAUUUGGUGUUUAGUGAGCAGUUCUGACAUUUUAUGUUAAUAAGUCACAUGAUUAUAUUCGCAUAACAGCAAUGUUCUUUGUUCAUGUCAUUGUUUAGAAGGUCUAGAACUCUUUUCGGUUUAUCUUUAAAAUCCUAUCACUAGCUUGGGGAUGAAUUCGAGAUUUGGGUGACCAUUCAGUCAAGGGGUUUGGAUACCUUUUGUACAUCAAGUUUUUGGCCAUGAGUUGAAUCCCUCCUCACAGUGAAUGAAGAUGUGCAGGUAUAAUGUAUAAUUUACCUGUAGAAUUGUUAUGGACAUUGAGUUGUGUGCCGUACAAAAAAGUACCCAGUUGAUCAUUGUCGCAGAAGAUGUGGCAAUGCAGCAACGAAGAGACAUCCUCUGAAAUACUGCAUGUGGUGUAGCAAGAACAUUAGAAGAGGAUUGUGUGAGAGAAAUGGGAACGUUCAAAUACCUUCCUUGCCUUUGUACUUGAUAAAAUCGUCUUACUUUUUUACCAAAGACCAAAUAUCAUUACCUGAUUGACGCUAAUUGUGAUGGUUAAUUCCAUGCAAAAAUGUAAGAACACAUUGACAACAGAACUGUUAAUUUUCAAAUGAAAUAUACUCAUUGAGUUAACUUGAAAUUACGCAUUACCUUGUAAUUUGUACUAAUACAUGUAGUCGGAACCUAACCAUGGCAACAGUUUUGAUGUGUAUUAACUUUGAAACAGGAAUAGUCCCAUAAAACUGAAUGUUUAUUUAGAUUGUUAAUGGUCAAUAUCAGCGCAUGACAAGAUAUAUCAACAACCUUGACAAAAAUGUACUAUUAAUGUUCCCGAAAAGAACACAACACCAAAGUUUUUGAUAUUAUCCCAGAUGGUUGACAUGCAUGGUGUUU